CUUUGAACCCACAUCCUCAACCCCACCAAUAUGUAUCCAAUAAACAAUAUCGGCGACAACUAUCAUUCAACUAAUCGAUUGUGUGGAACAGUUUAUCCCAGGCUUGAGUGUCGUUUCACCUUCAGCUACAUCUGCUCUAGGUAGUCACAUAUACUUAAGGCCAUGGCAGAUUCCGCAGCUGCUCUAACUUCACUCCUUCGGACCUCGACUAUUCAAGACCACAAUGAAAUCCUGAAAGCUGCCAACGCGGCUCUCAAGUCCUCUAAGGGAGAUAUCGAGACACAACACACCCGCAUCGUCGCCCUCUUGAAACUAGACCGAUUCGACGACGCCCUUCGAGCCAUAGCUGAAGGUGGGGAUAGUGUGGAGGAGGAUUGCCUCUUUGAAAAGUCAUAUGCGCUUUACAAAUCUGGUCAGCUACAAGAGGCCGCGCGAGCUCUCGAAACAGCUUCCGCCUCCUCUAGGUCAUCUCGCCCAUUCCGCCACCUUGCUGCCCAGAUUGCCUAUCGAGCCGAAGACUUCUCAGAUGCCGCAAAAGCCUACCGUCUUUUAUCCCAAGAGUCGACUGGUUUACCUGGAGAGGAAAAUGACCUGAAGAUCAAUCUUUUGGCUGCAAAUGCCCAGCUUGAGUGGAAUGGCUUUGGCCAUCUGCUUGAAGAACUUGAGAGACAGCCGUCGCGUGACCACCUCGAAGCUUUCGAAACCGCAUAUAACGCCGCAUGCACUUGCAUCGCACGAGCCGAUUUCACUCGCGCAUCCGUUUUCCUUAAACGGGCCCAAGACCUGUGCGAGGCUAGCGAGGAUUUGUCCACGGACGAGAAGAAUUCUGAGCUUUUACCGAUCAUGGUUCAGCACGCCUAUGUUCUCGUUAGGUUAGGCAAGGAGGCAGAAGCUAUCAGUCUACACAAGUCCAUUGUGUCGUCCGAAAUAUCCGAGGCGCCAACCAGAGUAAUUGCGCAGAACAAUCAAAUUGCCAUUGGCGUUCUUGGGCAAAACCCUUUUCUAGCACAGCGUCUCCUUCAGCAAGGAACAAAACUAUCCAACAAUGAAAGGCUUUUCGACUACCAAUCUUCCGUACUGAGACGCAAUGAAUAUGCUCUAGACCUACAAGCGCAGAAGUUCGAUGGUGUCGGGAACUCUACCUCCAAACGAAUUCUAGAAUGCCCAUCUCCUACAGCAUCAGUUGAAACAGCAGGUCUUGGGGUCAUUAACGCUGCAGCCCAUACUCACAUGCAGGCUGGUACAACGGCUCUCAAGCAAAUGCUGCCUUUGCUUGAGAAACGCCCCGCCGAUAUUGGGGUAUUGCUGACUAUCAUUCAACUAUAUGUCCAGGCGAAUAAUCCUGGACCUGCGUUGACUCUUUUAGGGGCAUUUUUAAAGCGCCUCGAAACGGCCUCAGCCCUUAACUACGAGGAUGUGCGGUUUAUGCCGGGACUUGUUGCCGUAGCUGUGGCGUUGUAUCGGCUUCAAGGACGGCAUAAUUCCAUCCGCACUGAAUUAGCAAAAGCCUCGACCCAUUGGCGCACUAAGCCGAAAGAGUCCGCUGCGUCGCUCCUACGAGAAGCUGGUGUGCAACUCCUAAAGUCGUCCAAUCCCGAAGAUAUCGCUUCUGCGGGAGAAACAUUUGAAAGGCUUGUGGCCAAGUCCGAAGGGGACUUGACUGCGGUUGCAGGACUUGUGGCUUCAUUCGCGACUAACGACUACCCUAAAAUCGAACCAUACCUGCAGAAGCUCACACCAAUAGGAAGACUUACUGCCGGAACCGAUGUGCAGGGACUUGUCGAUGCUGGCCUCGCAUCCAUUCCCACGCCCACUUCCGUGAGUAAGAAAAGAUCAGCCGAACAUGAACCAGAUACAACCACGAAACGUCGUCGGAAGAAGCGAUUGCCCAAAAACUACGAGGAGGGUAAGCAGCCCGAUCCAGAGCGAUGGCUUUCCCUUCGGGAUCGUAGUACUUAUAGGCCCAAGGGGAAAAAGGGUAGAAGACGAGCGCAAGAAGUUACACAGGGUGGCACAGUCAAGGUGGAAGAGACACUGGAGUUGGUAGGUGGCGCUGGUGCUGUUAAGGUAGAGAAGGCGCCGGGUGUCCAGACAGGGAAAAAGAAGAAGAAGGGCAAGAAAUGACAUUGCCAUUGACAGUGACGGGCAAAUAUGUGGAUGUAGAUUAAUGCUACUAGAUACCUAGGUAUACAACAUUAUGGUGGCGCUUAAUAUUUUCCCUUUCCCAGCUAUUCUCUCUGCUGGAGACUGGAGUAGCUAGCCGUAAUACCCGCUGAUUACUUUCGACCUUUUCUUCUUCUUGACUCGAGAACUGAAGUGCUCUUCUACCGGUACAUACAUAUUAUGUUAUGUCAUCUCUUUCGAGUGCCUUGCAUAGUCUGCUCAACCCUAUCCGACCUCUAAAAACUCCCACGCGACGGUAGUCAACAAAUCCUUUGCCUUUCAAACCGAAGCAAUUGCCACAACAUCAACAUCAACAUCAACAU